GCCAUGACUCAGAGCGUCUCUCUGUGACGUUUCACACUGUGGCCAGAGAGAGGUUGCUGUGUUGAAAGGAUCAACAUCUUUUGUGAGAAAGCAGGGUUGAGGGAGGGAGGAGACCUCAUUGAAGGCCAGAAAUGACCAAGGACCGAAGUAGGAUUGAGUGGGGAGGUGAAGGGAAACCAUUUUGACGGCAAUAGCCUUUACUGGUGGCGGAGCUUCUUGAAGUAGGCUGCGGCAGCCAUGGCUGUUGAAUUUGGGGACCCCACCAGCGGCUUCCGUCACACUGAAGUGAUACGGUUCAUCAACAAUGAAAUUUUAAUGAACGGUGGCGGCCAAGACUUUUACUUGACCUUCCGCUCACGGCCCUGGAACGAGGUAGAGGACGCCCUUCAAAACAUCUUGAGUGACCAGCAGAUACCUCGCAGGCACAAGAGGGCUUGUGCCUGGAGUGCACUUGCCCUAGCAGUGAGAGUGGCUGUCACACAACGAGAGCAACACAUGCGCCGGGUCAGGCGGCUGAAGGAACAGUUGGGAGCACGUGAGGCACUCUCUUGGGCUCUAGCUUCGGAGCUGCAGCAACUGCGUCAGCAGCGAGACCAGGCAGCCACACAGCUGUACUUCACAAGGUCUGCUUUGCACCGGGCACAGAGUGAGUGUGAUUUGCACCGUAGGAGGCUGCUCCAGUUUGAAAGGUGUGCGCAAGUUGCCCCACUGGCACGAGAUAUAGUGCCUGGGCCACGAGCUGAGCAGCUUGGGGCUGUAGCAUGGCCCCCGAAUGCAGAGCAGCAGAGAGAUGUUUGGGCUAUGAGAGAACAUGGCAGGCUGUCUUUUGAGACCCUGAUGCGAGCCCCAACAAGUGCUAUUUACAUGCCAAGAUCCCCAAGUUCCAGGGUCCCAAGUUCCUGGGCUCUGACUAUGCCAUCGCCUAUGCCAGUCCUGGUGCCGCCAUCCUUCCCACUCCAUGUGCCAUUCCCAAUGGGAUUACCAUCCUUGCCGCUUCUAACACCUACAGUAGUCACAGAACCAAAGGGCGUAAUCCCAUUUCAGAUGUCUCCUGUGGGGAUUUGCCCACCUGGCCCAUUAACUACAUGGGGCUUCCAGGAUAAGAUAGCAUCUCUGUGGGACCAGAGUUGCCAUGAUCAGGUGGAAGGUCCAGAGAUGCUACAGGUAUCAGUCCCAGGGGACAACAGAAGCCUAAGCCAGGAAGAUCUGCAUUGGCCCCAGGGAAUGCCUGUCCUUGGGGAAAGGGGAUACCACAGACAAGAGAAAGAUUCAGAGAGGCCCCAGGAGAUGACACCCCUGGGGGACAGAGGGAAGCACAACCACGAAGAAGGUCCACUGUGGCCCCAGGGAGUGCCCUUCCUUGGAGAAAAUUGGCAAUAUAGCCAAGAAGAAGAUCAAGAGAGACCUCAGGAGAUGACUUUGCUGGGGGACAGCAGAAGCCACAGCCAGGAAGAUAGUCAAGAGGGAGCCCAGAGUAUGGUACUCCCAGGUUUCAGUGAUAUUCAGAUCCAGGCAGAAGGUACAGAGAGGGCUCAGGGCAUGACAGACCUAGUGAUCAACAGAAGCCACAGCAAGGAAAAAGAUACAGAAUGCAUCCAGGCCAUGACAGCUCCAGAGAGCAGCAGAAGCCAUACCCAGGGAGGUGUAGAGAAAGGUCAGGGUGUGAUACCCUCAGAGUUCAGCAGGAUGCAGGAAGAUGAAGAAAGACCCCAGUGCAUUAUACCCCCAGGUUUGAAGAGUCACAACCAGGAAGACAAUGUAGAGAGAGCCAAGGGGACCAAUUUGUGGAAGAGCUGGAGUCAAGCUGUGAGAGAAAGCCCUAAGAAACAGCACCCUCAGCAGCAGAUGGCCAAACAAAAACAAGAGAAGAAAGCCUUGGAAUCUCAACAACAGGUGAAGUCUGUUUCAUGCCACAGUCCAGUGGGUUGGGUCUGCACAUGGUGUAAAGCAAUGAAUUUUCCAUGGCGCACAGCCUGCUAUAAAUGCAAGAAGAUCCAUGUGCCAGUGGAGAGUGGAGAUGUUGACCCAGAACAAACUCACUGAUUUCAGAAAGGUAGUGCAUUCUCGAUGGCUGUUACCGACUGGUGAAUACGCUGAAGAAGCUGAAGUUGUGAAGUGAAGCCUUUUCCCUCAUCCGUUGCUGCUUUCUUUUCCUUUUUCUGAAACAGGCCAUGUGUCUGAUUGGUAGCAGCCAUAUGAUUUUACAGUUGUAAGCUAUGUUGAAUUUUAGCACCACCACUUUUCUUAACAAUGCUGUUGUUCCUUUGGCAACUA